AUGGUAUUGAAACUUUACAUACUCUUGUGCUCUCUUGCAUUGCUUAGUUUAGCAACGGAGGAAGUGAGCACAACUGAGCAAACAUCUACGUUGUUCUCUGUCGAAGGCGAGCUUGCUCUUCCUGCAUCACGAAACUGCGCAAAAUGGUCAGCGGGAGCAAGAGUUCAUUUGAAUCACGGCCAGCAUAUCGGAUUUGUUCGCCAGGAUUGCACAUUCCGAGUUGAUUUCGUACCAAGUGGAACAUACAUCGUUCAAAUCGAGAAUACAGAUUUCGUAUUUGAACCAAUUCGUGUGGAUAUCACUUCUAAAGGAAAGAUGCGAGCUAGAAAAUUAACUAUUCUUCAGCCUAACAAUGUGAACACUCUUCCGUAUCCUCUCCGAUUGUCUGCUCGAGGUCCUGCUCGUUAUUUCCGAAAACGUGAAGAAUGGAGAAUCACUGACAUGCUUUUCAGCCCAAUGGUUCUGAUGCUUGUUAUACCACUCGUUGUUAUGCUUAUCCUACCAAAAAUGACAGCCAAUGAUCCAGAGCUAAAGCGUGAAAUGGAAAACAUGCAGAUGCCAAAGGUUGACAUGCCUGAUGUUGGUGAAAUGAUGGCUAACUUCUUUGGAGGACCAGCUCCCGCUAAAAAGAAAGCAGUAACCAGUGGAAGUGGACAGCGAAGAAAAUAA